AACUUUGCGUUUUAAAGGGGGAAGGAGGAAAGGAAAGAGAGGGAGGGUGGUUCUGCUUAGCCCCACCCCUCCGGCUACCCCAAGUCCAGCCUUCCAUUCCGGUGGAGGCAGAGGCAGUCCUGGGGCUCUGGGGCUCGGGCUUUGCCACCGGGACCCGCAGGCGCCAGAACCACUCGGCGCCGCCUGGUGCAUGGGAGGGGAGCCGGGCCAGGAACAACAUGUUAGCCGUGCACUUUGACAAGCCGGGAGGACCGGAAAACCUCUACGUGAAGGAGGUGGCCAAGCCGAGCCCGGGGGAGGGUGAAGUCCUCCUGAAGGUGGCGGCCAGCGCCCUGAACCGGGCGGACUUAAUGCAGAGACAAGGCCAGUAUGACCCACCUCCAGGAGCCAGCAACAUUUUGGGACUUGAGGCAUCUGGACAUGUAGCAGAGCUGGGGCCUGGCUGCCAGGGACACUGGAAGAUCGGGGAUACAGCCAUGGCUCUGCUUCCCGGUGGGGGCCAGGCUCAGUAUGUCACUGUCCCUGAAGGGCUCCUCAUGCCUAUCCCAGAGGGAUUGACCCUGCUUCAGGCUGCGGCCAUCCCAGAGGCCUGGCUCACCGCCUUCCAGCUGUUACAUCUUGUGGGAAAUGUUCAGGCUGGAGACUAUGUGCUAAUCCAUGCAGGACUGAGUGGUGUGGGCACAGCUGCUAUCCAACUCACCCGGAUGGCUGGAGCUAUUCCUCUGGUCACAGCUGGCUCCCAGCAGAAGCUUCAAAUGGCAGAAAAGCUUGGAGCAGCUGCUGGAUUCAAUUACAAAGAAGAGGAUUUCUCUGAAGCAACGCUGAAAUUCACCAAAGACUGCAUAGGUGGAUCCUACUGGGAGAAGAACGUCAACUGCCUGGCUCUUGAUGGUCGAUGGGUUCUCUAUGGUCUGAUGGGAGGAGGUGACAUCAAUGGGCCCCUGUUUUCAAAGCUACUUUUUAAGCGAGGAAGUCUGAUCACCAGUUUGCUGAGAUCUAGGGACAAUAAGUACAAGCAAAUGCUGGUGAAUGCUUUCACAGAGCAAAUUCUGCCUCACUUCUCCACGGAGGGCCCGCAACGUCUGCUGCCGGUUCUGGACAGAAUCUACCCAGUGACCGAAAUCCAGGAGGCCCAUAAGUACAUGGAGGCCAACAAGAACCUAGGCAAGAUCGUCCUGGAACUGCCCCAGUGAAGAAGGAUGGGGCAGGACAGGACGCGGCCACCCCAGGCCUUUCCAGAGCAAACCUGGAGAAGAUUCACAAUAGACAGGCAAGAAACGCGGUGCUUCCUCCAGAGCCGUUUAAAGCUGAUAUGAGGAAAUAAAGAGUGAACUGGAA